AAUUCAAUUUUAUAGCUAUGGAUAGGUAAGUGUGUAAGGUGAAGGAAAACGGUUCCUAUAUAAAAGUACUUGUUAACAGAUAUUUAAUACGAAAAACUGAGCCAACUAUCGAACCUGACUCCUUGACCCAUGAUUCCAGUACCAGUUCUGGAGAAAUAAAUAAGGUUGAUGACACCAAGGGUGAAAAAAGCACUGAAAGUAGUAGCAACAAAAGUGUAAAUAAAACACCGCCAAGAAAAAAAGUAAAAAAAUCAUACAAACAAAAGUUUAAUGCGGAGUGGUUAAAAAAAUUUCAAUGGGUUUCUAAAAAUGACAACAAAGCUUACUGUGUGACAUGUAAGAAAUACAUAACUGGUGGAGUAACCCACUUACAAAGACAUGAGGAGAGCAAUGGGCAUAUUAAAAAAAACAAUUCAAUGAAAACAACAGUAAACAUUGAAACUAUGCUUGAAAACGAUCAAAGGAAACGUUUAAAAGAUCAGACAAAGAGAGCUGAAUUAAAAUUGUGUGCUUUUUUAGUCGAGCAUAAUUUAGCAAUUAAACUGAUGGACCACUUAACACCCCUUUUAAAGAACAUAUUUCCAGACUCUGAAAUCGCAAAAAACAUCACAGGUGGCAGAACUAAAGCAAAAGGUGUAAUUUUAAAUAUCUUAAGAGAAAUAAGCCAUGCUGAAAUAAUUCAAGACAUGAAAAAAUAUCCAUUUUCUCUUAUAAUAGAUGAGACCACAGAUAUUUCUACCAAAAAAUCAUUGGCUGUGGUUGUAAGAUACUGUAAGAAUGGAGUUGUACAUGAUAAAUUUUUAACAUUAAUUGAAGUUCAAUCUUGCACUGCAUCAGAUUUAUUUGCAGCAAUUAAGAAAGAAUUAGAUGACAACCAAGUGCCUUAUAAAAAUAUAAUUGGGUUUGCUGCCGAUCAUGCCUCUGUCAUGAUGGGGCAAUAUAAUGGUGUUAGAGCCAAGUUAAUGGAGCUAAAUAAAAAUAUAUUUGUGCUAGGUUGUGUUUGCCACAGUUUUCAUUCUUGUGCCUCCAAGGCUAGUGAAAAUUUGCCAAAUCAAAUUGAGGAAUUUGUUAAGGAUAUAAACAAUUACUUUUCCAAUAGUUCAAAACGAAUUCACUCAUUUGAAGAAUUCCAAGAUUUUGCGGCGGUAAGCCGGCACAAAAUGAUUAAAUUGGUCUGUACACGUUGGUUAUCAUUGGAGAGUGCAAUAAACAGAAUACUGGAGCAGUGGCAAGCUUUAAAAUUAUUUUUUACUGCUGAAUCAAUGAAUGGUAGCAGCACACUAAAAGCUCAAUUAAUUUUGGAAGGACUAAAUGAUCCCAAAUAUAAAAUAUAUCUACUUUUCCUUUCUUACGUAUUAAAAUUCAUAAAUGAAAUGAAUAUUGAAUUUCAAAGUGAAAAACCAAAGUUAUAUUAUUUACUUUCAAGAAUGAAGGAACUGUAUAAGAUUCUUCUUAAAUCUUUUAUUAAAAAAUCUGUGAUAGAUAAAGCAGUUUCAAUUGAAAAGGUAAAUGUUUCAAAUCCAAUAAAUUACAUUCCACUUGAAGAAAUUUAUUUUGGUGCCAAAGCUGCCAAUGUAAUAGCAACCUCCAACAUUCAUAAAAAUGAUUUACACAAUAUAAGGCUCAACAUUUUGCGAUACUACAUAGAUUUAUGUACUGAAAUUACCAAUCGCUUUCCUUUUGGAAACCCUGUGCUUAAUUUUGUAACAAAUUUUAAUCCAGUUACAAUUAAAGAAGGAAACCCAGCAAAUUCAAUUAGCCAGGCAGAGAUUUAUUUCCCUACAUUGGUAUCUGAUAUUGAACAGCUUGAUUAUGAAUGGCGCAUGCUAGUAGAAAUAGAAUCAUUGAAAUCAUAUGAUAAUGAAAAUUUUUGGUCCAAAGUUUGCAAUUUAAAAAACAAUUUAAAUCAAAUUAUGUUUCCACAUAUGAAUAUAUUAAUAAAUGGGAUUCUUUCAUUGCCUCAUUCCUCUGCUACAGCAGAAAGAAUAUUUUCCCAAUUAACACUAAUUAAGACAAAAACCAGAAAUCGUUUGUUUAUUAUCACUUGUGAUGCAUUAUUAAGCAGCAAGGAAAUAUUAAAGGGUACAUCUUGUUAUAAAUGGAAUCCUGAUGAUAAAUAUUUAACCAAAAAGUGGAAGAAGAAUAGCCAAGAGAAUGAAGACUUGGAAGCAGCAUUGGAAGAUGAUGUUGUUUUUUAUUUACCUGCAGCAUAA